AUGACGCACCUGCCGGACCGGGCGUUCCACGGCCGCAUCUCUCUCGUCUCGGUCGCCUUCCCGCGCAGCCUUGUCUCCAUCGGCGUGGGCGCCUUCGAGGGCUGCUCUUCGCUCUCCUCCAUCGACCUCCCUGCCGGCCUCACCUCCAUCGACGAGCAAGCCUUCUACUGCUGCUCCGCCCUCACCACCGCCGCCUUCCCCGCCAGCCUCACCUCCAUCGGCAAGCGCGCCUUCUGGCGCUGCUCUUCCCUCUCCUCCGUCACCCUCCCCGUCGGCCUCACCUCCAUCGGCCACAACGCCUUCGACGGCUGCUCCGCCCUCGCCCGCGUCAUCCUCCCCGCCACCCUCACCUCGAUCGGCAUGAACGCCUUCUGCGGCUGCUCCUCCCUCGGCUCCGUCUCCCUCCCCGCCAACCUCACCUCCAUCGGCAGCCACGCCUUCGCCAGCUGCUCCGCCCUCUCCUCCGUCACCCUCCCCGCCGGCCUUUCCUCCAUCGGCGGCUACGCCUUCUACGGCUGCUCCUCCCUCGGCUCCGUCACCCUCCCCGUCGGCCUCACCUCCAUCGGCGAGGGCACCUUCCACAGCUGCUCCUCCCUCUCCUCCGUCGCCUUCCCCGUCGGCCUCACCUCCAUCGGCGGCUACGCCUUCGCCCGCUGCUCCUCCCUGACCCGCGUCACCGUGCCAGACACUGCCACCAUCAGCCCCCAUGCCUUCUCUCCCGCCACCACCGUCCUCCGCCUCCCCCCCGCAAGCAUGCGCGACCUGCAGCGCUGGUACGAGGCGGUGGACGGGGCUCUGGCCUACAAGCGCUGCCGCCCCCUCCUCUACGGCUGGCUAGAGCGGGCCCAGACCAGGCUCGGCUCUUACGGCCCGGACGGCGCGGCGCGCCAGCGCGACCUCGAGGAGUUCGAGGGCGACUUUGCGCCGCUUGUAGAGUGA